AUGGAACAUAUAAUAAUAAUUAAAGCAGGACAAUAUAGUCCAUCUGAUAGAAAAGUUAAUUAAGAUUCUAGUAUAAAUAUGAUUAAAAAAAUUUCAGAUUAAUAAAUUGGUUUUUUUGGAGUUUUCGAUGGACAUGGUGAAUACGGAGAAUAAGUAUCUAAUUAUGUCAAAGAAAAUCUUUAAAAAUAUCUUUUGUUUAAAUUAAAAAAUACAUAAAACAUAAUUAGUAUACUUAAUGAAUGUUUUGAUAGUGUAUCAAAUGAUUUAUUAAGAAAUAAUUAAAUAAAUACAUAUUUAAGUGGAACAACUGCUGUAACAGUUUUUAUUUAAGGAAAUAAAAUUUAUUGUUCUAACUGUGGCGAUUCUAGGGCUAUUUUAGCUAAAUUUAAUUAAAAAGAUUAUCAUCCAAUAUGGAAAAAUAUUAAUCUUAGUAACGAUCAUAAACCUAAUUUGAAAUUAGAAAAAAAACGUAUUUUAUAAAAUGGAGGCAGAGUAGAAUUACAAAUAGAUGAAAAUGAAUAAAAUAUAGGUAUAUACAGAGUUUGGAAUUAAAGUUUAACUUAUCCAGGAUUGGCUAUGUCAAGAUCUUUAGGCGAUAAAGCAGGAAGGGAAGUUGGAGUUAUUUCUGUUCCUGAAAUUUUAUAGUUCGAUAUUGGAGAAGAUGAUAAAUUUAUUGUUAUUGCAAGUGAUGGAGUUUGGGAAUUUUUAAGCAAUGAAUAAGUUGUUGAUAUUGUGGCACCUUUUUAUAAAAAUAAUAAUAUUAAUGGAGCAGCGGAAAGCUUAAUUAAAUAGUCUGUUAAAUAAUGGCAAGAAAAUGAUGACGUUAUAGAUGAUAUUACUUGCGUUAUUUUGUUUAUU